CCUUGAGCGACGCAGUCCGGCGAGUCGGAGUCGAACACUCGCCACACUCCGAAGGCGUACGAGACCGCCGAGAGCCAGUCGGCCACCGAGAGGAAGAGGAGCAGUUUGCGCGCAGUGGUCCUCAAAUCCGCUAAACUCAUCCACUUCAUCCAGCUCUUCCGAGGUGACCCUGAGACGUUCCCAGGCCAGCCGGGAGACAGUCUCACUCGUGUGUCCUGGGUUGUCCCCGGGGUCACCUCCCGGUGUGACAUGCCUGGAACACCUCACCAGGGAGGCGUCCAGGAGGGAUCCUAAUCAGAUGCCCGAGUCAGCCAAUUUACAGAGGGCUUUCGACUCUCCCGUCUGCUGCCGUCGCUGGCCUAGAAAGCUCUGUGGAGAAGGGAAAUAUCCGGGCAACAAGGCGAAACAGUCUUCAUAUAUCAGCCGCUCCUCGAAUUCUGGAAUGACCCAUAAUAAACCAUUGGAAGACCGCACCGGUGGCGUUUGCUGUGCCUGAAGCGUUCAAAGGCGACGGGGACUGGAACCGGGACUGGAACGGAACGGGGAGGUCCUAACGAGCACACAGCAGCUGGGAGCACUUGACCACGUGACCCGAGAUAUGUUAGCUGGCGGACGUCGUCACUUCACCGAAUUCAUGUCGUCCGGACUCGGAUGGUCAAAGCUUGUCCCGUUGGGGGUCGCCACAGCAUGUCAUCAUUUUCCAUGCUGUAAAAACCUCAUCUUGACCUUCUGAAACAAGAGACAGAGGAGCAAAAACCUGCCUCUUGGAUUGGACGAGAGAAGACCUAAGCUUAACUACUCCCCCAGUGGACUUUGAGGAGGGGGGAGGAGGAAGAAGACGACGUAGUCACUGCCAUUACUACCCAUAGUAUGGGGCAAAAAGUCCCAGGUGGCAUUAAAACUAUUGAUAUGCGAGAUCCAGCGUUCAGCCCCCUGAAGCUGGAGCUCCAGGCCUUGAAUCACACCAAGCCUUCUCGACUAGACCUGCUGCUGGAUAUGCCGCCUGCCAGCGCGGACAUCCAGGUCCAGCACUCGUGGAACAACGACGACCGCUCGCUUAAUAUCUUCGUCAAGGACGAUAACAAGCUGGUUUUCCACAGGCACCCCGUGGCGCAAAGCACGGACGCCAUCCGGGGCCAUGUUGGCUAUACAAGGGGACUGCAUGUGUGGGAAAUCAGCUGGGCCAUGCGUCAGAGGGGCACACAUGCUGUGGUCGGUGUGGCAACAAGUGACGCUCCACUACACUCUGUGGGCUACACUGCGCUGGUGGGAAGCAACAGUGAGUCCUGGGGUUGGGACCUGUGCAGGAGUAAACUCUACCAUGACAGCAAGAAUCAUUCUGGAAAAACGUACCCGUCCUUCCUCGAGCCAGACGACACCUUCAUCAUACCGGACUCCCUCUUAGUUGUUUUGGACAUGGACGAAGGGACUCUGGGUUACAUUGUGGAUGGCCAUUACCUGGGGGUGGCCUUCAGAGGAAUAAAGGGACGGAAGGUAUACCCAGUGGUGAGCGCUGUGUGGGGACACUGUGAAAUACGAAUCCGGUACAUAAACGGACUUGACCCUGAACCCCUUUCUCUGAUGGACCUGUGUCGUCGUUCGGUGCGGGUGGCUCUAGGGAGAGAGCGUCUGAGUGAAAUCCACAGACUGCCCUUGCCGGCCUUUCUCAAGAACUACCUGCUCUACCAAUGACGGCACGUUCAAGUUCGAUAGCACACCCCUCCCCUUCGCCCUCUCUCCUUUCCUCUUGUGCUUCUCUGGGAUCUUUCUUGGGUUGAACUUGUUUGACAGCAUUUCUGAAGCCUGUUGGGCAGUCUGGGUCUCAAAGAUGUUUCAACAAGUAUGCUUCUUUCAUAGUGGCUGGACUCCUUUUUGAGAUUCUUAUCCUAUUUUAAUGACUUGUUCCAGUUGUACUCCACUUUAAAAGAUAUCAGGAAUCACUGAGCUCUAUGCACAUGCUGAUGGGGAAAAUAUGCCUUGACAGUCAAACCAAUAGUGGUCAGUAUCUCUCACGUAAAGCUCAAGACUCUUGGUAAAUUAUUUUAUAUUUUUUGAUUCCAAUAAAUAAACAAUUUGCCAAUGGAUGUCAAGUGCAAAGUUGCAGUUAUAAAAUGGCCACAAGAUGGCAGCAUUUUCAUGCAUCAUACAAGCAAUAGCGUGAGACAAGCUCCAGUUCACCCAACGAUCCGAGCGAGGAUAAGCUAUAGUAUAGAAAGGAUGGAUGGAAGCUGUCUUUUUAAAAAAGAAAUUAUUUUUAAAUAGAUGCAGACAUUUGUGGUUGCAACUGAACUGAGAUGCUGACCACUCCAGUGAGACUGUUAUGUAGCGAGACAUUGACCCAGUAUCUCCUGCUCACACUCAAGGCAUCUGAUAGAAACUACUGCAUCAGCUGGAAUCUUCUUAAAUAUGUCACUGUGAUCAUUUGUAGCAUGUAUCUUCAAGAAAUGUUUCUCUUUGCAAUCACAUUGUUUUUUAGUCUCUGUUUGGUUUCUUAGUGCCAUUUUGGCUUGUAUUGUUCUUAAAUCAACUGUCACAACUUAGCUCACAAAGGAAAAACCAGAUCGUUAAAGAUGUCUGAAUGGAACUGGCACAUAUCAGGGCACGUGUUUUGCUAAGUGGGAAAGCAGUUUGAUUUGUGCAUCAACAACACUGUAGACUUAUGGCGCCAUGAUAGACAGAACGACAAUCCACAAAGUGAUGCGCUGUCGUACAAUGUUCCGUGCUGCCAACAUUUUCAAAUGCCAUAGAGUACAAUCGCAUCAGACCUGUUGAUUCUGCUGUCUCUAAACUUCCAGCUCUGUGAUCUUCUACAGUCAGCACUUCAUGUGCCACAACUGUCUUUAUCUUACUGCUUGCAUUUUAUUUGUACUUCCUGAUGUAGAUUUGUUUGUAUGUAUCUAUUAAAGAUUAUUUCCCAUUGA